CUUCAAUGAUAGUCACAUAGAACCAGAGUAAGUACGAAGUGACGAGUCAUUUAUGUCGACAGAAGAUACAAGUACUCUGGGUACUUAUAUAGAUGAUCCAGUGUCAAACAAUCAACAUGAUCCUACGUUACUAAUACAAAAUGAUACUGAUGGAGAGGAUAUGAAUAACAGUCUUGUGUUCGCCAAUGAUUCCAAUAUAGAUUUAAAUAAAAGGGAAAAAAGUCUGCAAGUGAAAGAUACAGAUAAACCAAUAUUAGAGACCGAUUCAAGCAUGUUAUUCUCACCUACCCAGCGAGAUACUUCGAGUGACCAUAAGUCAGCACCAACUCAGGUAGAUAACUUGAACUAUAAUUCCAAUGAGCAAGUUGGGGAUACACUAGAAGACGAUGAUGGUGGUGUAAACGGUGGGUCGUUUACUCAACGACUAAAUGUUCCUAGCCAAAAAUCUUUAGAUAAUAGAAGAGCUCAAUCAAGUAUUAGUCGGUCUCCAUACAAGGAUGUAACAACAGCUCCAAGAAAGCUUCAUACUUAUUCGCCCGGAAAUAAUUCAAAUCUGAAUUUCGAAGAUACUCAAAGAAUCAAUGACAACUUAACUAACACUGCUCUCAGUAAUAAUGAGAAUGCUAAAGGGACUCAGAUGAUUUCUGGCCUAAAGUACAAUACCCAGACAUCUAACGAUCAAGAAAGGAGCCACGUCGUAACUUAUUUACCAGAGACUCAAAUAAUAAACCAGCCCGAAACCCAGCUCACCGAAAUUUAUCCUGAUACACAAGCUCUACGCAAUCAGCCUGACACCCAAGUGAUAAAUAAUGACAGACCCCAUACGAGAGAACCUUACAAAAAUGAUGGAGAAACUCAAAUAAUGACGAAUGGAGAAAAGAACUCUUCAGUCAAAUGUAAUGGUGUUGAAACGAUAGAACAUAACGACGAUACGCAACGUGUGAACUUUGAAAACUCAUUCACUCAAACAAAUAGUCCCCUAAAUCCACUCAGCAAUAAUGAAUUAUCUUAUACUCCUAAUAAAGCUAACGAUAAUAAUCGUAUACCAUUUUAUGAUUCUCCUGGCGAUAAAAUCAUUGAAAUUCAAGUUCCUAAUACUACUGAAAAGAAUUCAAAAUCUGUAACGCAGGUCGUUAACACGCAAGAAGAAAUGAUGGAUGAGACAUUUAGAAAAGUUGAUUUGGGAUCAAAGCCUGUGUAUUCAAGUAGUCAAAGAAUACCAGGUGCUGAUGAUAGAGAUAUUGCAAUAAAAUCAGAUGAUGAUCAAGAUUUGAUCAAUGAUGACAGCGGUCUUCUUUUCGAAGAUAGUAUGCUUACCAAUAAGCUUAUGACCAAAAAGAGGAAAAGAUCCGGGAAUGAACAAAACCAAAAUAAGAAUAUUAGAUUAGACUUUUCUGAGAAAACCACUUUAUCUAAGGCUGAUAGCUCAUUCGAUCUUAAAGCCUCUGCUGAUGUACCAAGUGAAGAUGUUUCAGCAAAUUAUGGAUCUAAAAAGGACGAAGAAACUUCGCAGAAGAAUAUUAGGGUCCUUCCAUCUUCACCAACAAAGGAAAGUCUUGAAUCAACUGAAUUAUCUGACUUGAGUCAGUCAGUUAAUGAUAUACAAAUCGAAGUGGGGUCGACACAGGAUGUUACUUCAGGAAUGGAAGAUCUGGAAGAACACAGAUCAGAUGCCGAAGAAGACCAUAUGGUAAUUACAAGAAAUAGAAGAAACACUCGUCAGAAGUAUGUUAUACAAUCACAAAAUGAUACAACAAAGGCUGAAUCAUCGGGUGUUGAUCCAAGUUCUAAUGAUCCUUCACAUCUUACUCAAGACAAUAAAAGCCCGAUAGAGAUAUUACGCAAAGAAACCCUGAAUUCUAUCCCGGAAAGUCUGAUUAAACAUAUUAGUAGUACGUUUGCUAUGUAUAAAUUUAAAAUAUAUCCAGGUAUAAUCACUGACAGUGUCGACCCCAAUUUUCUGACAGUUGCAUUUAAUGAAGGUGAAUUCGAUAUCAAAAAUACGGAUUUAUUUUUGCUUGAUAUCCGAGUUGGCGAUAAAGUUGAACUAAGAGGUAAGAAAGUAAAAUACAUUGUUACAGGGUUAGGUUUCAAUGACAAGGCUGAUGACAUCAAGUGCAUGAGGGGUUUCAACCUAGUUUAUUUGAUCAAAUUUUCGAAAAGUAAGCUUAAAACGAAUCCUGAAGUAUCUAUCCCACUAUCUGAAAUAAUAAUGGAGUUUUCUGACUUUAUUAGACACCAACAAUUUAAUCAAGUUAUAAUUGACGGUAAGGACCGAUUAAAGGAUAACUACUUGAUUCUUUCAAACAUACUAGGUAAGUUACAAACAAUCCAUGAUGGUCCUGACAUGUUACCGAUUCAAAUUAAUGGUAAAUCAGACGAUAUUACAAGGAAGUUGACCAAAAGUCCGAUUAAGUUAAGUCGUUCAACUAGUUAUAGAGUUAGCCCAAGAAAGAAAAAUACCACAAUUGAUAAAGUCAGUAAUUUGUUUUCAGGUUGUUUAUUCUUGUUGACCAGUGUUGAAGAAGAAGAGAAGGAUGAAAUACAAUCUUUGAUUACCAAGCAUGAUGGAGUGAUUGUUGAAGAAAGUUUGAAUGAAAUAUUACAGUAUUAUAAAAUCAACUCAGGCAGCGUGGUAAUAAGGCUGGAUUUUUUGAAAAAAUUCAAAUUUGGGGCAAUUAUAGCUAGCAACCAUUGUCGAAGUGCAAAAUAUUUGCAAGGACUAGCAAUUGGGUGGCCUAUCUUAUCAAGAUUAUUUAUAUAUGACUGUGUUAAGAAUCAUCUAAAAUUCAGCCAUUGGCCGAUUUACCUAUUACCGGCUGGUCAAUCAACAUACUUAAACAGUAUUAAAAGUCUCGAUGUUUAUAAAUUUCGAUAUAACUAUGAGGUGAAGAAGAAUUUUUUAAUUGAUCAACUACAAAAUAAU